AACAUGCAAGAUCUGACAGAAGAGGAAAAAAAGGAGCUCGUUGACAAGCUCAAUGAAUAUCAAGCCCUGCGCAACAUGAGCAUGUGUGCCAUGAAUACGGCGACUAUGUGUGAUGUUCAAUCGACUUUAGACACCAUCUUUAAAAUGCUUGACAGUCUUGCUGUAAGAACCGGGAUAUAUGCUUGCCUAUUUGCCUCUCGUGGUCACAUUUACAACACCACACAGGCCACAUGGUUUGGGACUGACAACAUUAUGGAUUUCUGGGAGGAUAUGCUGCAAGUGGAGGCCGAUGAAAUCACAUGGAAGCUGGAGCAAUGGGCAUGCAUUAUAGGUCAAAACAUUGACGAACGCGAAACAGUGCAGAACAUGCAGCGUGUCUGUACUCGCCUCCUCAACUCAGGACUUAGGACUAUAGCCAAGAGACACGACAUUUGUAUCAACUACGCAAAUUUCGAUACCGUGAUAAAGAAGAAGUUAUCGAUUGAUAUAAAGGGCUGGCCCAAAGGCAUUGUUUUCCAAUCCCCCACCAGUGUGAAUGAUCUCCAUGCUCUUCUCAAGCUUCGAGGUGUGCUGAAGGAUGGCUUCUGCCACUGGUUUCACAUGACUCCCUGUCAGCAUGACGAGUUCCAUGCUCUACUGGAUGCAUGCUGUAAGAGGGGAGAAAAGGUUGGCAAACCAUGCAAGAAGUGUGCUGACGCUGGGGUGCCUUGCAAACAG